AAUCACGAGAGGAUCGAUCGAAGAAAGGGAAACCGCUUGCUCUGAUGUCUAUAUAGGUCGAGCAUAUUGGCGAGUAGUCGGGAAAGAUCACCAUCCUAUACUGUCACUGGCCAACACAAUUACCUGCCACCCGAAAAAACCACGGUCGUCAAAACACAUCAUCUCUGUGAAAAUGUUCUCUUCCACCAUCCUAGUCACUGCCCUUGCCGCUAUGGGUGCCAUGGCAGCUCCCGCCGCACCUCCUGCUCUCAGUGGAAGCGUGUCUAAUGCCCAGUGCGACCAGUACACCAACGGCGAAGGCAACGCUGCCCUCUGUGGACCCGUCUUUCAAACUACCUUUGCCCUCACCGCACAGGCAAACAACAUCAACUCCAACGUCGACGGAAUUUUGAAGACCGUCAACGAGGCCAUCGGUGCCAACGGGAACGCUGUUACCGAGAUCCUCCAGACCGGUACCCUAGGUCUUGUUUCGACCCUUGCAGACGGCGCUGGUGUCUCACUGUAUGGGUUGGCCACUACUUUGAAUAACUUGCAACCUCAAUGCAAGUGUGACCUCAGCUCUUGCUACACCUCCCUCGAGAGCGCUGCUUCCGACCAGGUCGAGAGCAACAUCGCUCAAGCCAGCUGCGCUCAAGCACAGUACGCCUGUGCUCCUUACUACUCCAAGGCGGAUGUAGACAAGAUCGUCCCUGGAUGCGCUCAAUUCGAGGGCACCACGUCGUCGAAGUAA